UCGUGUUGAUACAGGUCUGCUAAAAAGAGCAGUAGGCUCAUUAUUCUAUAUCUUUUCUACAGCAAUACAACAAGAACCACCAUCUAUCAGUUUAUUAAAGCGUCUUAUGUCAUCAAUGAUCCCGAUCUAUCGUACUGCAUUAUCAUGUGCUGUUAAAAUUGGUAUCAUUGAUUCUGGUGUAGCAAUUGGCAGUGGAAUUGGAAUCACUGCCAAUUCAACAGCUGAUAUCGCCUUGGAAACAUUUCGUAGUUUAGCUGGACUUAAAGAUGAACUUGUCCGAUUAAUGUUACCAAUGGAAGUAUCAGGAACAUCAAUUUUUGGUCAAUAUCAUUCUUCAGUCGUGCAUAAUGAUGUUAUACGAAUUCAAGCAAUUAGACUAAUUGAAAGUGUAAUUAUUUUACACUCUCGUCGACUACCCAACUCUGAAAUCCCACGUGCCAAUGAAGGUGACAUAUCCUUAGAUCAGAUACCAGCGCUUACAAAUACCCAAUUACAGUCUAUCUUAGAGGCGAGUACAGCCGCAUCAUCAGCUACUCUUCUUCCCGGUGUCUGUUUAGUUAGACCUCAUCGAUUAGCAGAGGAAGCUGAACGUUUAUUUGCAGGUUUAUCAAGUUGGCCGGUGCGUGGAAAGCCUAGUGUUACUGCAGGAUCAGUUACUUGCCCAGUAGUUGAAGCAGUAAUGGAUUCAUUAGUGAAUAUUGCAAAACAAAGACCACAAUUUAUGGAUCGUGUUGUACAAGCAUUUGAAACAGUUCAUG